UUUAUCUUACAGUUACAGAAGUCCAUAUAUAAGUUACAUCACAAAUGUUUUGGUGUAAGUUACAAAAGUUCUUAUAUGGCCGAAAUUACAUACCACUUUUGUAUGGCUUCUUUUUGGCCUGAAAAAAAUCACAAAAAAAACUUCCCCCUCAUUUUUCACUCCUAAAAUGCUGUUUUUCCCCCAAAAAAACAAUGUCUAGUAGCAUCUAGUAGUGUAAAAUUCGAUGCAUAUUUGAAUUUAUUCACCAAUUUGCCGUAAUCUGUAAAAAUGCAGCCCGCAAAAUAAAAUGUGCCCGCAGAAUAAAAUGUGCCCGCAAAAUAAAAUGUGCCCGCAUUUUCGUGGAAUACCCACCCACUCAUAAAAUACGGGCUCAAUUCAUUGUCGGCAACAUUAGCCCAGAAUCCCACAUGUGUAGACCAGUUGGUUGGUCAAUCGAUAACAAUCUCUUGUGUUGUGAAGGGUCAAUCCAUGGAAAGGCUCGAGCUGUUCUGGUAUAGGAAGACUGAGAAGAAUGGAAGCAUGGAGUUUAUCAUAAGCGCCAAAGGUUCAAUUGGUAAAAAAUUUUACGGCACAAAGAUUAAUCCGGGAAAGUUCACAGUAAAAAACGACGACUUGCAAAGUAAGUCUACCCUGGGCAUAAAAAACCUGGGUUAUUCCGACACCGGGACCUACUACUGUAUGGCAGGAACAUCCAUGAAGUACACAUUUGGAGAUGGGACAAUACUAACUGUGGUUGAUUUUCUACCGACAACCGCGAAGCCAGCGACAAAGAAGCCCCCGUGUAAAUGCAAGAAACAGAAAACUGCUAAGACCUCUCCGCCUGGUGUGAGCUGCAGCGUUGUGAUCUGGGCCCCUCUGGCAGGAUUGGCUCUAAUGCUCCUGAUAGGCCAAUACUUGCUGGCCUCUCAUACGUACCGCGUGUACAGGAGAACACACGUGUACUUCAGAAAGUACUCUCCAAAGUGAAGAACCAUCAAUGCUCCAUGACCCUAAAGAUGUAUAGAAGACAAUUCACACAGCACGGAUGCCAGAGAUGUUUAUUAUUUGUGUAUAUAUAUAUAUAUGUAAAUAUAUGGAACUUUUUGUAAUUCGGAGAAGAUCCACCCAACGCUUUUCUAAUCUUCUCAUCUUGCCAGCUAUGUCUUCAGAUGGACUCAUGGACUUUGCAGGGCUGAUACAUUUUAGUAUGGUAAUCCUCUCACAGACACAUAUGCAGAACUACAACCCUUGACAUUGGCAAUGACAACAAUGAAGACCAGGACUCAAAAACCUCCAAAAACCUUCAGAUGAUUGAUCAGCUUCAUAAUUCAAGUUUGAUACAGAUUCCCUUAAAAUAUGCUUGAUCUGUGCCACUGAAACCAUCUACAAUAUUUUUCUCCAAGUGUGAUGUUGUAUUUGGCAUCAAUGCCGUUUCUUUUAUUUAUUUAUACUUUUUUUUAUAAUUUGUUCUCCUAAAAAGUAAGUGUCUCCGAAUUUUACUUUCAUCACCAAUAGGCUUCAGGAACCAGCACAUGACUGUGGUUGUCCAUGGCUGGCCACACCAGUAAUGUCAGUAUGGACAACACUAAGGGGCGUAGCUAUUGGUGGUGCAAGGGUAACAGUCGCCCCUGGACCCUGGUGUCUAAAGGGGGCCCACAAGCACAUCUGCCCCAUAAGAGACCAGUAUUAUAAUUGGAAAACCUGUGAAAAAAACUGAAAAAAGGAGGAUAGCGCCUUGUGUAUUACCCAAGACACCAGUAUCCCAGCAGGGACUAAAAAAGAGAUGGCUCUUCAAGAUGGCCGCUCACCUGGUAGAAAAUGAAACAUGCAUAUCACCCCACAGGGGUACUAAACAUCAGGAAGGAACGAACUGCCAAGCCCAAAGGUCCAAUGGGAGAGGACAGAAUCUUCUCCUAUGUAGUAGAGAAGAAAGUGACAGAAAAA